UUUCUCUCCUUUCUUCCUGCCCCCCCCUCUCCAUCUCGCUCCCUCUCUGGCUGUCCCCGGGAGGAUGAUUUCAGCCAUCUCCAGCCCUUGGCUGACGCAGCUGUCCCACUUCUGCGACGUCGCCGCCUUCACGGCCAACAGCCUGAGCAGCCUCAACGUCUCCUCAGCCGCGGCGGCGGCGGCGGCGGCGGCCGGGGGCUACCACCACCUCUCCCCCUCGCCGGGGGACCCUUACGGCCAGCAUGAGGCGCCCCACUACGAGCCCUGCUCGGCUCAGCAGCAGCAGCAACAGCAGCACCCGCCGCCCCCUCAGCAGCAGCACGGGCCCAACCCUCCGCCGCCGCCACCGCCUCUCCCGGCUGGCUCGGAGACCCCCGAAAGUGGUGGCGGUGGAGGAGGAGGGGGUGGAGGGGGUGGUGGUGGAGGAGGAACGGGCCCCGGAUCGGCUCCGGCUUCGUCCAAGGCGCCGGUCAAGAAGAACCCCAAGGUGGCCAACGUCAGCGUCCAGCUGGAGAUGAAGGCCCUCUGGGAUGAGUUCAACCAGCUGGGCACCGAGAUGAUCGUCACCAAGGCUGGCAGGAGGAUGUUCCCCACGUUUCAGGUGAAAAUUUUUGGAAUGGAUCCUAUGGCUGAUUAUAUGCUGUUGAUGGACUUUGUACCGGUGGACGACGAGAGAUACCGGUAUGCCUUUCACAGUUCUUCCUGGCUGGUGGCUGGCAAAGCAGAUCCUGCAACGCCAGGGAGAGUCCAUUAUCAUCCCGAUUCUCCAGCCAGAGGAGCCCAGUGGAUGAAACAAAUUGUCUCCUUUGAUAAACUGAAGCUGACUAACAAUUUGCUGGAUGACAACGGACAUAUCAUUUUGAACUCCAUGCACAGAUACCAGCCUCGGUUCCACGUGGUUUACGUAGAUCCAAGGAAAGACAGCGAGAAAUACGCGGAAGAAAACUUUAAGACCUUUGUCUUCGAGGAGACCCGUUUCACGGCCGUGACUGCCUACCAAAACCAUCGAAUCACCCAGCUUAAGAUCGCCAGCAAUCCCUUCGCUAAAGGUUUCAGAGACUGCGAUCCGGAAGAUUGGCCUAGGAAUCACCGCCCAGGGGCACUUCCUCUCAUGAGCGCCUUUGCCAGAUCCAGAAAUCCAGUGUCUUCUCCAGUGCAUCAGAACGGGACUGAGAAAGAUGCCGUGGACAGCCGGCGGGACUACGAGCGGGAAGCCGCCGGAGGGACACCCCUGCAUGGAGACCCCGCUCACCAGCAACUCAUGUCAAGGGUCCUAAGCCCAGCACUCCCUGUGCCUGGCGGAGGGGGCUUAGUCCCACUGACCAGUCCAGCAGGAAGCCGGCCUAGCCCCCCACACCACGAACUGCGGCUGGAGCCCUCCGCUUCGGAGCCCCUACACCACCACCCUUACAAGCAUCCCGUCUCGGCCUACGACCAUUACCUGGGAGCAAAGAGCAGAGCCGCGCCCUACCCUUUGCCCAGUAUCCGGGGACACAGUUACCACCACCAUCACCACCACCACCACAUGAAUCCCGCCGCUGCCGCCGCGGCCGCGGCCGCUGCCGCCGCUGCCAACAUGUACUCCACGGCAGGUACCCCGACCGGCUAUGAUUAUGGGCCAAGAUAACCUUUCUCGGAACAAGGUCCCUGAGCGGUGACUGGCUUUCUGCAUGGUUUGAAUUGCUCACUAUCCUACAGUGUUUCGGAGAGCACUAUCUUGUUGAGCGAACAUGCGCUUGCGCCCCCUGUUUUCUAUGAGGAGAUGGGGUCUCUCCUCCUUUCCACUCCUUUUCUCUGCCACCACCGGCCUCCUCCUCCUCCUCCGCUUAUGUCGUCAGAUUCAUCAGUCAAGACUUCUUUCCUUCCUCAUCCCAGAGGACAAAAAAAAAAAAAUGGGCCGGCCCUUCUGUUUGGCUAACCUGGCAUGUGUGAUGGAUGGGAGGCUGGGUGCUCCCGCUGGACUGUUUUGCUCCACCUCAUUUGAAGGACAUCACUCUCUUCUCCCCGAUACCUUCCUUGGGACACCGUGAUCGGCAGCUGCACUUUUUCUUUUGCUUUAUAAACGAAGCCAUAUGUUGUGCUCUUCCCUGCUCUGCUGCUGCUGCUGUCAUCAUCAUCAUCAUAACCUUUUGGCGCCUAUGCAUUUCCUUACCUGUUCAGAGCAUUUGAUGAACGCUGUUUUCAACAUUGCCAUGAAAUAGGUCGAUCGGACAACCCCGUCAGUAGGUUUGCGAAGCUAAAGCCGAAAGCCCAAGCAUUGAAACUAUUGUAAUUUAUUUUUUUCCCCCUGUAGCCAGGGCAAAGCAAUCAGCCGUGUUAAGCUAAACACUGGGUCGCUGUCCAGAUGUGCCUGGGCUGCAGCAGCCAUGAUGCCUUACAACGGAUCAUGCUGCUCAGAGCUGAUGGGGGAGGCAGGUCAGCAACACUUUGGAAGGACACAUAUUUCACACUUUUUGAUGUUAAGUCCAUCAGUUCAGCAGUCGUAAAGCCCUGCUUCAAUACCAGCAUCUCCACUGUAAAAAGGUAAGGUAGCAGGAAAUGGAAUUAUACCUGGGGGUAUGAGCACAGAAGGAAAUAGACUGCAUUUUGGACUGGUCGUGGAGCAAUCCGGUGCUCUGUGUUUCCUAGAAAUGACGCAACAGGGAGGGAAAUGAUCUGUGCUGUGUCUGGACUUUUGGUGGUCCAACGGUAAGGCUUCUGCUUUUGGGGCACAGGCUAAAUCGAUUCUCUGGUUUGCUUGAAAGGGGGGCUGUGCCUGCUAAAGUGUCUCUUUUGCAGGCACAAGCCUUUCCAGCUGUCUGAUCACGCCUUGAGACUCUGGAACACCGUCAGAGUGGGGAAUUCUAAAUGGGAGAUGGAGUGUCACCGAAUACAAGGCAGAUUUUGCAAAGGGCCUGCAGCUGCUUGACGGAGCGCAUGCUCUGGAUUCAGGAAACUGCACGCUUAGCCAUUGGUUUCUCCAGUGAGAAGGCACAGGGUGGCAGGAAAACUCCUAUCUGAGACUCCACAGAAGGUGCUGCUAAUAAGCAAGACUGGGCUAGAUAUAUACACCAAGCCUUGAGGCAUCUCCCUGCCUUUCCUUCCAGCCUUAGCAAAAGCAUUAAUCCACAGCAGGACUGUGAACCAGCCUACAAGUUGACCGAACGUCCAUAAUCCCUACAGCGUCCAGAGCUAGCAUAGCCAACGGGCUCUCUGUGCCCUUCUGACCUGCCGCCCGCCUUCCAGAAGACCAAAAGCAGGACGCCAUCUCAAAGCGGUGGCAGAAGUGGUGAAAACUCCAGAUGCUGCCGGCCGGGGGAAAAAUGAAGGUGAGACCGACAAGCAGGAAACACACCCUGUGUGAGUCUUGUAGCCGAGAGAGGGAAACUAGCUGUGCUGGGAGUUCUGGUCCAAAAAAAAGUAACUUCCCCAAGCUCGCGCUGUCUGGCAGUGACUAUAAGAAUCAGUUAGAGUGUCCUCCCUGAAGUGCUGCUGCUGAAUUGCCCUGAGGAAAGAUGACAUUAAAAAAAAAAACACGUGUUAACGCUUGAAAUAAACGUCUUUGUCCAGCA